GUAACAUUUUUAUUGUGCUUCCUUUUUUCGUUGCCCCGUGGCGUUCUGUUCCCACAUUUAUUAUGCUCGGUAUUCUGUUGAACAGUUGCAUAAAGAAGCGGUUACCGACAGCCACAUACAAUCACAACUACCGAGAUGUGUUGCUUCUCAUAACUGAGGAAUAUUGUGCAAGCAGGAUGACAGUUUGUCAAUGGUGUAUUCACACAUCUCUGAGGAAUCUGAGCAUGAUCGGCGUGCUGUAGUCUCAGAGGAGCAUCAUUACAAGAGAAAUGUGACACUAGCGCACGGCCUUCGCUUUGCUUGGGAAUGGAUUAAUGUGAAAGACUUCAUCCUUCCUAAAGGUUACGUUUUGACUGGGUGAGAAUGCAACAGUGUGGCUGGUAAAGAGCACCCUGCCUCUCAGAAAUGCCCAGACGGGGGCUUCCUCUGCAGGGGCGGGCGCGUUGGCUUCUCCUGGGUAUAUUUUUGCUCCUGGUGCUGCUGCUCUUUGCUUACCUGCUGGAAUGCACGCCACCUGCAGAUGUGAGUCAGGUGCUGCCUGGCCUGGGCGGAGAUCCGUAUGGGAAGGAGUAUUACCAGGCCCUCCUGCAGGAACAGGAAGAGCGGCAUCUCAGCCGAGCGGCCAGCCUCAAGAGGCAGAUCGCGCAGCUCAAACAAGAACUCCAAGAGAUGAGCGAGAAACUGAGAGUGCUUCAAGAAAAAAAAGAGGGUCCCGGGCCACAGAGCCUGAUUGAUGGCAGAGAUCAAGAGCCGAGUGACCUCUUGGAGUACCUGCACUCACAAAUCGACAAAGCAGAGGUGAAUACAGGAGCGAGGCUGCCGAGCGAGUACGCGCUUGUGCCCUUUGAGAGCUUCACCACCACAAAGGUGUACCAGCUGGAGAUGGGCCUGACGCGCCACCCCGAGGAAAAGCCAGUGCGGAAGGACCGGAGGGAUGAGUUGGUGGAGGUGAUAGAAGCAGGUUUGGAUAUUAUUAAUAACCCAGAAGAUGAUGACGGACAGGAGGACAACAUCCCCAUGCAGAGGCAGACGUUCACAGAAAGCCAUUUUUUUGAGGGACUCUACAGGACCGAGAGGGACAAAGGCACACUGUAUGAGCUCUACUUCGCUAAAGAGAAUUCCCACGAGUACCGUCACGUCACCCUCUUCCGUCCAUUUGGGCCUCUCAUGAAAGUGAGGAGCACGUCUGUAGACGCCGCCAGCACCAUCAUUAACAUCAUAGUGCCACUGUCAGGCCGCACUGAAGCCUUUGUUCAGUUCUUGCACAACUUCAGGGAAGUUUGUAUACAACAAGACAAGCGGGUACAUCUCACAGUGGUGUAUUUUGGUCAGAUGGGCUUGCAGGAGGUGAAGGCGUCUUUGAGGAAAAUGUCCAGUGAAGAGAACUUCAGUAACUACACUCUGAUCCCUGUGGAUGAGGAGUUUUCGCGUGGCCGUGGUCUGGACAUUGGAGCUCACGCGUGGGAGAAAGGGGGGGAUGUGUUGAUGUUCUUCUGUGACGUUGACAUCUACUUCACCCUGGAAUUUCUUAGUACCUGUCGGCUUAACACAGCUCCAGGUAAACGUGUUUUCUAUCCGGUGGUUUUCAGUUUGUACAAUCCAGCUAUAGUUUAUGGAAAUCUUGAGUUUCCACCCCCAAUUGAGAAUCAGCUGAUUCAUAAAAAAGAUGCUGGAUUCUGGAGGGAUUUUGGAUUUGGCAUGACUUGUCAGUAUCGCUCUGACUUUCUAAGCAUUGGAGGAUUUGAUCUGGAAGUGAAAGGCUGGGGUGUAGAAGAUGUGCACUUGUACAGGAAGUACCUACGGAGUGAUCAGAUUGUGAUCCGCACCCCUGUAUCAGGCCUCUUCCACCUGUGGCAUGAGAAGCUGUGCGCAGACGAGCUGACCCCAGAACAGUACCGCAUGUGCAUCCAGUCCAAGGCAAUGAAUGAGGCGUCACACUCUCACCUGGGCAUGCUUGUGUUCAGGGAGGAGAUUGAAACUCACCUUCGAAAGCAGGCCUACAAAACUCAGAGCAGACCAGCAGAAUGAAUCAACAAUACAGCAAGGAGCACAACUCUGUUGAUAACAGCAAUGAAGAAAUGGGUCAAAAUAAUUUUCUUUUUCAUAUUAUUUGAACUAAAGUCAAAUCUAUAUAAUUAUCCAAGGAUUACAGAAGACUUAGACAACAAAGACUACGUGUUAUGGGAGGAUGGUACUGAUUGGUACUAUAUAAAGCCUUUACAUCAAUUACUUUGAUUUACGGUCUGGAAUAGUUUGCUUUAAUGCCAAUUUAGGUUUAGGUGUUAAGCACUAAAAGGUCUUUUUGGAUUUGUUUACUACAUAAGUGAAUAAUGACCAGUCCCUUUGGGGAAGUUAAUUACUGAAGAGAUUGUUUGGCCCUCAUUCAUGAAAACAAGUUUGUGGAAACAAUUCAUAAAUUUGUUGUGUAAAUUGUCUUGCUGAAUUGAAUGCAACAGCAUAAAAACAUACAAAUGAUUUGCACAGUUCUACUUAUGAUUUACAAGUAAUGGCAAUUGAGAAGACAUGCCAUGUGUAAAGUAUGUCUGUUUUUUUUGCUAUUAAUUAACAAAGCCAUGUGUUACAUUUUUAUAUUAUUUCUAUUGAAAAUGUGUACGGUUUGACAAAAAGGGAGAUAUGUUGCUAAAAGGGACAAUCAUCCACACGUGGAUGUAGUUACAUUUGCCAUGCUGGAUUUGUACUGUAGGUUAUGUUUCUGCUGGAACAGUAUUCAGGCUCUUCCCCAAUCUUCCACAUUUUUGCUGUGUGAGAUAGCAUGGACCUGAUAUGCAUUUUGAUGCAUGUGUCAAACCUUUACUUUGCACCAUGUGUGAGGACACUGGUCAGUGCCAUAGCGAUAUCUGUCAGGGGUUUAUGUUACAGGCUCUAAACAUCCAAUGCUUUGGCCUCUGCAACCACUUUGAAAUGAAUCUGUGGUAUAUAGUAAAUUGAGGUAUUAAAAAACAACUGUUGAUGAGGAUAUUAUGUAUUAAUUCCACUUAAACUGGCAGGUAGAUUAAAACUAACCAUUGCUGUCUAUUGUAGAGCCUCUAAUUGAUCAGGAUGUUGGGAUACAUUGCUCAUUUUCUAAAACAAAUAAAAGGAAUACAACAAGCUA